GUUGCCUGGAAUCGGGGCCGCCCUAUAUAAAGCUAUCCCGGCCGUUUUCCGGACACCAGAGUUCUAUCGGUUGUGUAACAGUGAUCAUCCUCGUGUAGUGAAAUUCUAGCAAUCAUGAAGUGCAUCGCAGCUGUAGUCAUGAUGGCUUUCGCCGCCGUCGCCCAAGCUGGACUGGCGCCGUUUUAUUACGGGGCUCCUUUGGCCUACUCUUUGCCCCAUACUACGGUAGUCCAGAGUAACGCGGAACCAAAACUCCUAGCGGCUCCAGCAGCAGCUCCCUACUACUAUGCUGCCGCUGCUCCGUACGGUGCUGCUCCAUAUCUGGCCUACAGUGCCCCACUAGCGGCCUACAGUGCUCCGGCUUUGCUGCUCCAGAAGGAGGCCCGCUAUUUGGCCGCCAACCGGGGUGCCAUCCAUGAGGCCCCACUUCCGGGACACGAAAUCUCCCAGCAGCAGCUCAAUCUGGAACCAGCUGCGGGAACCAUUUGAAGGGGGCGCAAUGGCGGUAACUGAAAAAAGAAAUUGUGAUACAAUACUUUGGUAAUCGAAAGAGAGGAAAAUAUAUCGAAAGUGUUAAUCAAA